UGACCUUGCCCCUGGCACGCUCUGCGCACGCGCAGGCCGCACAGGCCGUGGCUGGGCCCAUGGCGUCCGAGCGGCUCCCGAGCCGGCCAGCCUGCCUCCUCGUGGCCAGCGGCGCCGCGGAAGGCGUGUCGGCCCAGUCCUUCGUCCACUGCUUCACUCUGGCCAGCGCUGCCUUCAAUCUGCAGGUGGCCACCCCCGGGGGGAGGACCAUGGACUUCGUCGACGUGAACGAGAGCAGCGCGCGCUGGGUGCAGGAUUUCCGCCUCAAGGCCUACGCCAGCCCUGCCAAGCUCGAGUCCAUCGACGGUGCCCGGUACCACGCCCUCCUGAUUCCCAGCUGUCCUGGGGCCCUGGCUGACCUGGCCAGCAGUGGGUCCCUGGCUCGCAUCCUGCAGCACUUCCGCUCCGAGAGCAAGCCCAUCUGUGCUGUGGGCCAUGGCGUUGCCGCCCUCUGCUGUGCCACGAACGAGGACAGGUCCUGGGUGUUCCAAGGCUACAGCGUCACGGGGCCUUCCGUGUACGAGCUCGUCCGGGCACCCGGCUUCGCCCACCUGCCCCUGGUCGUGGAGGACUUCGUGAAGGACGCGGGGGCCUGCUUCAGUGUGCACGGUUUCAAACGUGAUGGCGACCCCAUGUUAAGGCCAGGAUGGACCUUGGGGUGGAUGCUGCAGUGUCACCAUGUCCCUCCUGAUGCUGAGAGAAACGCUUUUAAUUGUGGAUACAACACACGGCCCUGCCCAGGUGGCCUUGGAUCCUGACGGCCGAGCCUGGUUUUGCAGCGGCUCUGCCUGUUUCAAGGUGGACGCAUAGGAGCCGAGUUCCACUUGGAAGGAGGCCUUGAGUGUGGCUGGCUAGGCUGGGUUGGCAGGGGCGGCGGACAGUCCUGGGAAUGCCAGGUGGCUGUCCAGCCAGCCGAGUCCCAGUGCAGCCUGGUCGCUCUCCAGCUUCCCCAGGGCACCUGUCCUGGCCUGUGGCCCUUGGCUGGGGCCUCCUGGAGCUGCUCUGGCCCCGUGUGUGUCACCAUCCUUGUCUCAGCCUGACCAGCUCCGCCGUGUCCAACCCUUCAGAACAAAGGAGGAGGAAGCAGGGCGCCCCGAGUCAGAGGCAAUGCUCCCAUGUGCUCCUUUCUGUCCAGCAUCUCCCGGUGUCAGGGCCCCUGCCCCCUGCUGGCCUGCUUUGUGCCCAUGGCGCCUGGGCAGCCCCGUCGGUCACCCGUGUUUGCAGUCAUCACGUCACGGAGUCAUGGACGUCUCUGGACAAAAAGUUUUUUUCAAAUGAUGAUGCCUUCUGACUGUGCAGACCAAGACCCAGGCGGGCUUCUGCGGGGGCCUCUCCACAGCCCUGCUCCCUGGUGGCUGAUGCCAAGUCUGCCCCACUGGCUGGUCCUGCAUAUGCCAGGUCCAGGGCACUGGGGUGGCCGCUGGGUGGGUGCAGGUGCCUGUGCCCCCGGGGGUUCCCCACAUGCCCAGGGUGUUUAAAAUAGACACUGAGGUUUAUCCAAGAGAGAGACCUACGACUCCACAAAAACAGUGCAUGAACAUCCGUGGUGUUUUUCGCGGUAAGCUGUAGCUUCCAUAAAAGGAGCAUUCUUACUACUGGACAAUAUUAAUGUCCGUGUGGUGGACCCUUGGAAACAUCAUGCUCAGCAAAGGAAACCAGACAUAUGAAAAACCCAAAACUUCAGAGUGGAUCAGUUAUUUAUGGCUGGGGGUGGGGGCAGAGCGAGGGACAAGUAUGUUCUAAGGCGCUGGCCGCACAGGGUUGUGCCUGCAGGCAGGUGGGCUUCACGUCCGUCACUGGCAUCCACCGUCUCCAUCCUGAGGCCCCAGGCCAGGCAAGACGGGGAGCUGAGACCUCCAAGUCGUCCUAGGGACACAGGCCUUUGAGCAGCUCAGGGGGAGGGGGCCGCAGGAAGCCUUAGCCCCCUGACCCAACCUGGCCAGGCAGCUGGGGGACCGGGAGUGAGAAGCCCUGCCCACCUCAGCAGGUCCCUGUGCUGUGGCACCCACCCCCACCCAACCCAAGGCCACCCCCUUAGCACCAGGGUGGGUGGGUCAGCCUGGGCAGGCUAAGUGGCCCGAGGGGUGUGGCCCAGGGUGGCGCCUGUCCCCAGAGCCCUACCUGCUCAGCAUUGCCCUUGCCUUUGCGGAGGGUGGCAGCUCCAGAACCACAAGUCCCAGCUACCUGCUCCAGCUCCAGCAGACAGGGUUCCAGGAGCCCCACUCACUUGCAGGGAGUCAUGGGGAACAAGCCCAGCCCAGCAGGGGCCCCCAGGGUGGGGGUGGGGGGCACAGGGGCUCCCCGUUGACCCUCAGCCAGACCCAGGGCAGCGUCCCACAGGCCUAUGCUGACACCUGGCUCCACUGGCGCAGACCUGGAGGGCCAGCCGGGGCCCCUUCCACCCACCUCGUGCUCCCAGGCAGUCUCACCCAGACCCUGCGUCCCCCCCACCCCCCAGCUUUGCUGUUCCAGGAACAGAGGCUGGUCCCAGGGGAGAGGAAGGCGCUCCCCUGUGGACCACCCAUCACUGCCCCCCACCAACCCCUUCCCAGUGCAGCACACCUGUCGCUUGAAAAAUCCAGAGGGUGCAAGUAAAGUGUCUCC